AUGGCUCCUUACCUCAACGAGACCGAGAGUACUCCUUCGAGCAACACUCAGGCUCCUCUGUUUACUGUUCAAUCGCCCAAUGUCACAUACUCUGACGAUGCUAUUCUCAGCAAGUAUGUCUACCGUCAGACAAAGGUGACCAAGUCAUCCAAUGGUGCAUAUGUUGCCACUCCUAAGGAGACCGUAUACGACUUCAAGGUCGAACGCAAGGUUGGCAGAGUCGGCAUGAUGCUCGUCGGCUGGGGUGGUAACAACGGGUCUACUGUGACUGCUGGUAUCAUUGCCAACCGUCAAGGUCUCUCCUGGGACACUCGUGAGGGCACACAGUCAGCAAACUACUACGGCUCUAUGGUCAUGUCAUCAACAGUCAAGCUCGGUACCGAUUCAGACACUGGCAAGGAGGUCUACGUCCCCUUCAACGAGCUCUUACCCAUGGUCAAUCCUAAUGAGCUCAUUGUCGGAGGAUGGGACAUCAGUGGCAUGAACAUUGCCGAGUCAAUGGAUAGAGCCGGAGUCCUCGAGCCUACCUUGAAGCAGAUGGUUCGCAAAGAGAUGGCACAAAUGGUCCCUCUUCCCAGUAUUUACUACCCUGACUUCAUUGCUGCAAACCAAGAGUCACGAGCAGACAACAUCCUCGAGGGUUCAAAGGCUUGCACCGAGCACCUCGAGAAGAUCAGAGCAGACAUUCGCGAGUUCAAAUCCAAACACAGCCUCGACAAGAUCAUCGUCCAAUGGACUGCCAACACUGAGCGCUAUGCCGAGAUCAUCCCCGGCAUCAACGACACAGCCGACAACCUGCUCAAGUCCAUCGAGUCAGGCCACGCCGAGAUUGCUCCCUCCACCAUCUUCGCCACAGCCUGCAUUCUCGAAAACGCACCCUUCAUCAACGGCUCACCUCAAAACACCUUCGUCCCCGGUGUCAUCGCCCUAGCUGAAAAGCACAACGCCUUCAUCGGCGGCGACGACUUCAAGUCCGGCCAGACAAAGAUGAAGUCCGCACUCGUCGACUUCCUCAUCAACGCCGGUAUCAAAGUAAAGUCAUUGGCUUCGUACAACCAUCUCGGCAACAAUGACGGCAGAAACCUCUCCGCGCCUUCUCAAUUCAGAUCAAAGGAGAUCUCAAAGUCCAAUGUUGUUGAUGAUAUGGUUGCUGCUAACCACAUCCUAUACGAGGAAGGCGAGCAUCCUGAUCACACUGUUGUGAUCAAGUAUAUGCCUUCUGUCGGUGACAACAAGAGAGCUUUGGAUGAGUAUUAUGCCGAGAUCUUCAUGGGAGGUCAUCAGACCAUCAACAUGUUCAACAUCUGCGAGGACUCACUGUUGGCAUCACCGCUAAUCAUCGACCUGGUUCUCAUCGCUGAACUAAUGACCAGAGUUCAAUGGAGAGAGAAUGGCGCCGAGGAUGCUGAGUUCAAGGGUUUCCACUCUGUGCUGUCGGUCUUGAGUUAUAUGCUCAAGGCACCUCUUACUCCUCCUGGCACACCUGUCGUCAACGCAUUGAGCAAGCAGAGAAAUGCUCUCAUCAACAUCUUCCGCGCCUGUGUUGGUCUUGAGCCUGAAAACGACAUGACUCUCGAGCACAAGCUGUUCUGAAAUUUCAACGAGAACUAACGAUGGCGUUCUGGGGUCUUCUUUCGGAUGAUAUCGCACAAUUAUUUUACUUCUCCAUAGUUAAUCUUUAGGAUAUCAAAAUCCAUUCUUCUGAAAUCCAUUGCUUGCUUCCUGGUGUAGUAGAUUGACAAUGGGGUUGAACAAAGGCAUGAUGGAUUUUGAACCCCUGAAUGUGUGCAAUGGAACUUCAAACAUGUUACCUGGGGUCAUUGACCCUGCGUUCACACACAUCCAGGUCAUAGGGGCCGGGCUGCAGACUCGAGCAUCCCUUUGUCUCCAGACUUUGGCUGUAUAUCAAACAAAACAUACUCUGCAUAAAUAAAAUACCUAACCUCUUCUCGUCAC